UCUGCUCUGUUCUCUGGGUGCAACUCUGUGUGAUAUGAAAAAAGUAAAUUAGCAUCAGCAGUUGAAUCUGCUCUCCUAAUCCACCACAUUCAACAUGACAGAAGGUUCCGCCUCAUAUGCGGACUCAGCACUGCUCAAUCAGCUGCACCAUGCUGUCUCCUCGCAUGGCACCCUGCUAAGCUUGCAUGACCAGUCCCUAUGCCAGAUUGAGGAAACCCUCCAGGAGAUGGUACAACUGUUCCACGUCAGCGGGAUCGGCUGAUCCGCUGGACUCCCCACGGCCGCCGUGGCACCAGAGCCAUGCAAGUUACUGGACUCGGUACCGAUGGGGCCCCCAACCGGGACGCCCUACCCCGCUAACCAGGACAAGUACAACGAGGCCCUACACACUGCUGGGCCACGACCGGGUGGAAAUCCUGCACCCCCUCCACCUACAAAGCCUUCAAGGGGCACUUUCAGGCAGUGUUCAACCAUCCACUCUCCGCUCGAGCCACCAGCGACCGCCUAACGAUGAUGCAACAAGGCAAUCGUUUGGUGGCCAAGUACUCCCUAGAAUUCCGGAUCCUAGCUGAACAGAGCGGGUGGAACUCCAAGUUCUUCUUAGCCAGCUUCUGGAACGGGAUCCAGGCAGAGCUUGCCUACCAUGGGGAGGAAUGGUCCUUCGACCGCUUUGUGAACACACAGUGAUAACCAUUAACAGUCUUCCCAGAGAGAGAACCCCUCGCCUGUGGAUACCUCUGCCGGAACACCGCUCCACCAAGCAAGCUACUGAACCAAUGCAAAUAGGCCAAGGCCGGCUGGACCCCGACGAGAGAUAACGCUGCCUCCACGACCACCUAUGCUUUUACUGUGGAAUCUCCGGCUAUUUCUGCGCAACCUGCCAAGCUCAUCCACCGCAACCCAAAGCUAACCUAGAACCCAAGAAUAAAACCCCACACAGUGUGUAAGAGGAACAGGAGGUGACACAGCAGUGAACAGGACGAUGGCAGCGGUCGGAUGGACUGGAUUCAUGUUGUUUCUGCUGCUCAACAUCUCCAUGGGAAAAGACCCAGAGAGGUUCACUGUGAGCUGCGAUGUUGGACAGACUGUCACUUUACCCUGUAAAUACACCUUGUCCGACUGCUCCAUGGUCACCUGGUUAUUGGAUUCAGAAUCAAAUCCAUCUACAGCCAUUGAACUAGUUGUUCACGGGAAGGUCAAAGAGACACAGAGAUCUGGAAGAGUGACAGUGGGGUCUGACUGCUCUCUACACAUUAAGAACCUGAAGACUAAAGAUACUGGACUGUACUUCUGUCGACUGUAUCACAAUAACAAUAAUUUCACUGAUAUUUCCACUGUUUCUCUGUCUUUUGGCGAAAAUACCAAGACAAACUGCUUCACUCCUGUAACGCCUCCAUCCCCUGUCUCUCCUGCAGACGAUGACGGCUUCCCAGUUGUUCCUGUAGCUGCAUCGUGUGUGGCUGUGUGUGUAGGAGUGUGUGUCACUAUAGUAAUAAUACUGAUCUACAAGAGGAGAGCAGAAAAUCACCUGUCAUCCAGUCAAGUCAAAGUGUUGGAUACAGACAGUGUAACAUACAUUGUGGUCGACCACAAAAAAUCCACCCAAACAGAGACCAACAGAAAGACAGAUAACAUCAUCACUGAAUACGCAACCAUCAGAACCACACAAUGAACACUGGAACAUGUCUAAAGUGUCAUCAUCUUCUGCACACAUCACACAUACUUAACACCAAAUACCCACAGGUUUGUUAUCUGUAGCAUGUGUCAAAUCUGCCAUGACCGAUAGAGACAAUAUUCCUAGGGGUCAGUGGAGACACCACUCAGUGCCACUUAGCCCAGAACCAUGCACCUGUCCACAAUCUGAUGAUUAGUCAAGUAUACAUUCAAGAUACACAAGACAAGAUGUUAUACACCAUGCGUAUUUAUCAUCGACUGUACACAAAGACCCAGUUUAACCAACAUGAAGCCACUGAGAACAUCCAGCGUAGCCAACAGACAUCUCCAUGACCCGAGACCAAGAAGCUUAGCUACCUUCUCAAACACAUCCACCAACCAAACCAACAAACCAAACCAA